AUGCCAUACCACCUGCCGGUUCUGCUGAAUCCUUUAGUGAAUGCGGUAUUCAACUGCCCUAAUCCUUCGACAUCGAAUUUGAAGAAGCUAUUUUCUAACCUUAAAGACAGGAAAUUUAUACUACUCGUCCCUCCCUGUGAUAGAUUACUGGAUUGUAAUGAUAAGCUGUCAGGUUCGCCUUUGCAAGAGUUAUGUUAUAGUUACGAAUUCGUAGCUUCACAUGUACUAUUGAUAGAUGAGCAAAAUGCUGAAUAUAUGACUACCGCUCCACCCAGUCAGGUUAAAUUUGAUACUCUUAAUGGAAAGAAAGUGAUUGUACGAUCUCAGAAUCGUAUUAUUCUCACUUCAGAUGGUUUCCAAGUCAAAAAGCGAUGUCAUAUCACAAAGACUGACCUGUUCGUAAACUUCAAUGAAUACCUACUUCAAGAGUAUAAGUUCCCAAUUUUAUGCAUCGAUGAGCCAAUAUGUGCAGAGUCAGUAAGAACGCAACGGGUUCAGAUUUCGCAAACCCUUGGGUCUGGUAAAAGAGAGACUAAAGACGGCAGUUCGCCGACUUUAGACUCGUCUCAGGGAAGUAAGUCUUCUUUCGACAACAUCCUGAGAAUCCAUCCGGAUUGGGCACUAAAAUUCAAUGAGUUGUUUGCGGAGUAUCGAAGCACACCUGAAGGCGACGACCCACAUAUUGAGCUCUUUCACGAUAUUAUACGGCGAGCUUAUUCCGCUAUGAGGUCCGACGCCCUCUUUGCAUCUAUGCCUGACCUUUCGGAUCUGAUAUACGAUUAUGUGGAGCUGAACUUGUAUGAUGACAUAUGGGUGAGAAUCACUCAUCAUUUCAAAGACUCGGAGGUCGAAUCGAACGGUUUGAGAUAUCUUUCGCUUCAUCAGCUCGAGACAGGCCUGUACCCUGAUAAGUUCGAAGAAUUCAAUCUUAAGAGCGUCGUAUCAAUGGAAAAUAAUAUUGAACUAGCAAUGAACUCUUUCAGUCGGCUCCCUCUAGCUCAUGCGCACGCUGAUAAGGCAAUGUAUUUGAUUGACACGUUGCGAAAUUUGUCGAGAGUUGACAAAAGUAUCCAGGAAGUUUCACCAGUAGCAAUAGGUGCUGAUACGCUACUGAGUCUGUUUGUGCUUGUUAUUUGCAGGACACAAUUGAGAAAUCUCAAGGGCCAACUAUUCUAUCUUCAGAAUUUUGCCAAGAACGAAACAUCCAUCACAUUUGGAGUGCUAGGAUAUGCCAUUUCCACCUUGGAAGCUGCUGUGUGUUACUUUGAUGAGCUUAAAGGAUCCAAAAAAAUGAGCAGACUUGAAUCAGAAUGUGAAAAUGCUCGCUCCCUUGUUGACAAGUUAUCUUCGGAGUCUUCUUCUGUGAACCUCAUACAUUACCAAAAGACAUUGUCUUACAGAACGGAACAAGGUGAAUCUUUACUAUCUAUCUGUAUUGCAAAUGGCAAAAACGAUAUACUACAGGAACUACUAAGCGAUGAGAGAAGUUUUCCACUUGAAGAUAUUCUUGAGGACCAGACAACUGAAGGUUGUACCCUAUUGAUGCAAUCGCUUAAGUGUGGCAAUGGCGAUGCCGCAUCGUUAAUCGUGGAUCUUAUAAAGUCCUCGUGCACACAGGAAGAAAUGUUUGCGUAUUUCAACAGAUCGGACAAAGACAAAAGAACAGCAGCGCAUUACUUGACUCAUGAAAUUAACAUCCUCGAACAAAUUGGGAAUUUCUUCGAUUGGGAUGUUAAGGAUUCGAGUGGUCACACUGCGCUUUUCACGAUCUUCCGAAGUUACGAUCAGCCGAAUUACGAUGAUAUGAUUAGGGCAUCGUUUCGUUGUGCUGCUGAGUGGUAUGCGUGCAGAAUGAGACCCUUUUGUUUUACAGUACAUGAGGACCGUAAAGAAAACACUUUACUUCAUAUUUUGAAGCGGAGCAUUUCCAUUCUACUCGAGUAUGAAAGCGUAGAUGUGAAUGCUAGAAACAGAAAGGGGCUUACACCUCUCAUGGUUUAUGCCAAAUACAAUAGAUUGGACAACACAAAGUCAAUUCUGACUGAUAAGCGAGUCAUACUAGGAAAGAUACAACAUCCUUUAUUAUUGUGCUCUAUCGACUAUGCGAAAAAUCCGCUGAUAUUGCAUGAGAUAGCCAAGCAAUCUGCGAUGGACACCGCAUUUGGAAAAUGCUUCGUGCACACAUUAAAGUACGAGUCUUCAAGUUGGCUAGUCAAUAUCACAGUCCAAGCAGAUAGGAAGGGCAAUUUCGAAACCGUAGAAUUUCAUCUGAAGACAGUACAGAAUUUCUUUCGAACCGUAUUGAGAACAUGCCCAAUGACUUUCUUGCCUCUGGACUCUACCUUAAAUCAGUUAGCCAGUCUGGGUAAAGCGAGAUUAUCAAGUAUCGGUAAGCUUGAAACAGUAUGCUAUCUACGAAGCUUGACAAACUGCUUUAAUGUUUUGAUUAAUAGCCAAGAACUACCCAAAGAUAUUCUAGCCAAUGAAUCAAAGUUGUUAUCGUGGAUCAAGGUUCAAUAUAAAGCUUUCAGGAACGGCACUACGCACAUCUUUAGCAAGAAAGUGGAACCAGAGGAAAUGAGCAUUAUACAAGGCUUUUUACGUUUUAAUCAAGCAGAGCUCUCGACGUUGAGAUCAAAAUUGCACGUAAUGAAGAAGCUGGCUAUCUUCCUGCGCUUGAAAUCUUCAGACGUUGAACAAUCUGUUGAAUUGCUCCUACCUCUUGGAUCCGAGGGCAUGGGAGAUCUUUACCCAUUAACGGACCACAAAUUUUCUUGCACUACGGUCUACGGGAACGAUUCAAUGAUUUUAUUAGUCGAAGACAUUGAUCUCAUGCUUAAGUGUACCAUCCGGCUUUACGACCAUAUUAACAAUCUGUUGCAGGUCAAAAUACCUGAGUGGUGGAAACUCUACGGAGAGCUAUUGAAUUUCCGUAAACAGUACGCACAAAACUUCCCACAUCUGGUUAAAAACGGCGAGACUUCUACGGAUGCAGGAAUUAUUGGUAAAAUUCUAGAAGGCAAGAAGGAAAAAUUGGAAAAAAGGCUAUCCUUCAGCAUAGCGGAGACGAGAAGAAGCAUGAAUCAAGCUGGUGCUAUCAUAGCGCAUGACCAUGAAAGCUUGGCUGAGCAGCUAAGUAAGUUCAUGGAAUUUAAAGGAGCAUAUAUCUGCAGGGGCGUCAUAAAGAGAUGGGUAAGGGAAAACAUCAAAGAGUUGAAGGAGAGGUUAAUUCAUAUACAAAGGGACCUCCGGAACAUUUCAGGGCAAAAAUUACGAUCAUAA